GCGCAGGCGUAAUUCAAGGGCGGAGUGAGCCUGAGACAGGCGUUGGGGCGGGGCGAGCUCGGAAUGCGCCUGCGCACUGGGCACUCUCGCCGGAGGAGCCGCAGUCUCGAGAGCAUCGGGGAGGUGUUUCGGUAGUCUCUGGCCAGUCUUUCUGCGCACCCGGUGUCGUUGGGCUGCACUGCAGGCGGGUUCGUCCGCCGGGCACGGGAAGGGGCCACGAUGCCGAUCAAUAAAUCAGAGAAGCCAGAAAGCUGCGAUAAUGUGAAGGUUGUUGUUCGGUGCCGGCCCCUCAAUGAGAGAGAGAAAUCAAUGUGCUACAAACAAGCUGUCAGUGUGGAUGAGAUGAGGGGAACUAUCACUGUACAUAAGACUGAUUCUUCCAAUGAACCUCCGAAGACAUUUACUUUUGAUACUGUUUUUGGACCAGAGAGUAAACAACUUGAUGUUUAUAACUUAACUGCAAGACCUAUUAUUGAUUCUGUACUUGAAGGCUACAAUGGGACUAUUUUUGCAUAUGGACAAACUGGAACAGGCAAAACUUUUACCAUGGAAGGUGUUCGAGCUGUUCCUGAACUUAGAGGAAUAAUUCCCAAUUCAUUUGCUCACAUAUUUGGUCAUAUUGCAAAAGCAGAGGGUGAUACAAGGUUUUUGGUUCGAGUGUCUUAUUUGGAAAUAUAUAAUGAAGAAGUUCGUGACCUUUUGGGAAAGGAUCAGACACAAAGGUUAGAGGUUAAAGAAAGACCUGAUGUGGGAGUUUAUAUCAAAGAUUUAUCAGCUUAUGUGGUAAAUAAUGCUGAUGAUAUGGAUAGAAUUAUGACACUAGGCCAUAAAAAUCGUUCUGUUGGUGCAACUAAUAUGAACGAACAUAGUUCCCGUUCUCAUGCCAUCUUUACAAUUACUAUAGAAUGCAGUGAAAAAGGCAUUGACGGUAACAUGCAUGUCAGGAUGGGGAAGCUCCAUCUUGUAGAUCUUGCUGGUUCAGAAAGGCAAGCAAAAACGGGAGCUACUGGACAGCGCCUAAAGGAAGCUACAAAAAUCAAUCUUUCACUUUCCACCCUUGGUAAUGUAAUUUCUGCCUUGGUUGAUGGAAAAAGCACUCAUGUGCCUUAUCGUAACUCUAAAUUGACUCGUCUUCUUCAGGAUUCCUUAGGAGGAAAUUCAAAAACUAUGAUGUGUGCAAAUAUUGGGCCAGCAGAUUACAAUUAUGAUGAAACUAUCAGUACAUUACGGUAUGCCAAUCGUGCUAAGAAUAUUAAAAAUAAAGCUAGAAUUAAUGAAGAUCCAAAGGAUGCUUUGCUGCGUCAGUUCCAGAAAGAAAUAGAAGAACUGAAAAAGAAGCUUGAAGAAGGAGAAGAAAUAUCAGGCUCUGAUAUCAGUGGGUCAGAGGAAGAUGAUGAUGAAGAGGGUGAGGUUGGAGAAGAUGGAGAGAAAAGGAAAAAAAGAAGGGAUCAAACAGGUAAAAAGAAAGUCUCCCCAGAUAAGAUGAUUGAAAUGCAAGCAAAAAUUGAUGAGGAGAGAAAAGCACUUGAAACAAAGCUUGACAUGGAAGAAGAAGAAAGAAACAAGGCUAGAGCUGAAUUAGAGAAACGGGAAAAAGAUCUUCUUAAAGCCCAACAAGAACAUCAGUCUUUGCUGGAAAAAUUGUCUGCCCUGGAAAAGAAGGUAAUUGUUGGUGGGGUUGAUUUGUUGGCCAAAGCUGAGGAACAAGAGAAACUUCUUGAAGAAUCUAACAUGGAACUGGAAGAAAGGAGGAAAAGAGCAGAGCAACUUCGCAGAGAACUUGAGGAAAAAGAGCAAGAACGUUUGGAUAUUGAAGAAAAAUAUACCAGUUUGCAAGAGGAAGCACAGGGGAAGACCAAGAAAUUAAAGAAAGUGUGGACUAUGCUGAUGGCUGCAAAGUCAGAGAUGGCUGAUCUCCAACAAGAACAUCAGAGGGAAAUUGAGGGCCUACUGGAGAACAUUCGGCAACUUAGCCGGGAGCUUCGACUUCAGAUGCUUAUUAUUGAUAACUUUAUACCUCGGGAUUAUCAGGAAAUGAUUGAAAACUAUGUCCAUUGGAACGAAGACAUAGGAGAAUGGCAGCUAAAAUGUGUUGCCUACACAGGAAAUAACAUGAGGAAGCAAACCCCAGUACCUGAUAAAAAGGAGAAAGACCCCUUUGAAGUGGACCUUUCUCAUGUGUAUCUUGCCUAUACUGAGGAGAGUCUCCGUCAGUCUUUGAUGAAACUAGAAAGACCACGAACUUCGAAGGGGAAAGCAAGGCCAAAGACAGGGAGAAGAAAGCGUUCUGCAAAGCCUGAAACUGUAAUUGACUCUUUACUGCAGUAAAUGUUACAGACUUAAAGUCACAAUAAAAAUUAGUGAUAUUCUCAUGCCUGGACAAAAUCUUUAAUUAAAACACUGAAGACUUCUCUUAUAAUUUUAAUUAAUGGAAGCUGUAGAUCAAUGAAUAAGACCGGAAAUAGUAAUUUGCCUAAUAACUUUUAGUCUACAUAUAUUAAUGUAACAUAUUAAAAUUGUACAACUGGUGAUUGUUCAAAUUGUCAUACUACUACUCUUCAAUUGUACUAUGCAGGGAAGUUGGGGGAGCAGUUCAUACUAUAGAGAGCUACAGUUUAGAUAUGUGUGUAAAUUGGUUAGCUGAACUACUGUAUAUUUAGAUAACUAGAAUUUCAAAAUAGAAACUGUAUCCUCUUUUGCACAUAGAAGCAGAUCAGAUUGUCCUGUGUUGCGCUGUUAUAUAUAAAUGUUUGAACUGCACAUCUAAGAAAUGACUCCGUUCUAACACUAACCCACCCAGCCUGUUUAAACACAUUCUAAUUUUCUGACAUUCGUUGCAUUUUAAGUAUGAGAUAACUGAUCUUAUUAAUAUUCUGUAGAAAAUUUUAUAAUUCAACAAUCCUUAGGAGUAUACAUAUCUUUUAAAAAGUUGAAAAUGUUUCAUCUGGAUCUUUCCUAACUUUUUUCUUGCCAGUUUGAGUUCAAAUCAAAUACACCUUAUGUUCUGGUUUCAUAUUCUCUUGAAACAUUGAAUUGUACCUAAAUAUAAAGGAUCUACUGUUGCAGAAAAUUAAGAAGCUAAAUACUGGUCAGUUAUCUUUGCCUGCAUGUAUACUUUUAAAAAUUCACUUUGAAGUGUAACUUAUGGAUGCUUUCCUUUGAAUUCUAAAUUUUGGUGGGAAUUACUUUAUAUCUCCCAGUUGUGAAGGAUCUCCAUUUUCCAGAAAAUGCAGCUAAACAAGAAAAAUAUCUUUUAAAUACUUAGCCUUUAAAACACUUUUUAUUUUGUUUUGGUAUUUUAAAAAUAAGAUAUUCUUUUCUGAA